CUCAUAAGGAUCAUAUGCAAAUCGUUCGUAAAUAAUGAUCAGGUAGUUUUGGAUGUCACGCGAAUCCUCUGAAAGCAAAUCUUCCAAAUAAUAUAGAGUUAUAGAGAUUGAAUUGCAUUUAAAUAGAUUACUUGGAUACCUAACUUUCAUAAACAUAUACUUCAUAAACUCCAUUGGAUUGAUAUAGGAAACUUCCUUUAACUUUUGCUGUUUUAGAUAAAUGAAUUUGUAACUAAUAGACUCAGUGUAGAUUGGCAUUUAUUUGCGGCGUAUUAUCUUGCAAGAAUACUUGAAUCAGGCAUGUGGAUUGAGACAAAAAUACAUUGUGUUGAAUUCUCUACCUGCACAAGUAACAAUAAAAUCAACAAUAAAAUUAUGUAUAAGAUGGUAAAAAAAGUGCAAUCAGUAUUUGGGCAAAUCGAAACUAUUUUUCAGUGUUGCUUAGGCAAUGUUUCGUUUCUAUUCAUAUCAAAAAGAUCAUUUCGAAACAAAAAAAAGAUUUUUGCACAUUAAUACAGUAAAAGAAAUUUGAAACUUGCAGAUAUUUUAACAGAGGAGCUUUCUGUAUUAUCUUGCUUAAGCAACCAGAAACUAUGGGAAGAAAGCUGCGACACCUGCUGAUGUUCCUUCUCAUCAUCCUGAAGGAGCCCAGCAUGCCAGAAGCCGGCUGCAAUGCACUGAACUGCGCACCGUCAUCACGAUGCUCAUGCUUUUCACUUGACCUCACCAGCAUCCCCCAGGACCUCCCAAGAUCCGUCCACCAUCUAUAUUUGCAAUUUAACCGUAUAUCAAUGAUUCGGUCUGGUGCAUUUGCAAAACUAAGCCAGUUAGAAUGGUUGGACCUGGCCAACAACCGUAUAUCAAUGAUUCAGCCUGGUGCGUUUGCAAAUCUAAGCCAGCUAGAAUGGUUGGACCUGAAAGAUAACUAUAUAUCAAUGAUUCAGCCCAGUACAUUUGAAAAUCUCAUCCAGCUAGAAGUGUUGAACCUGUCCACCAACCGUAUAAGAGAGAUUCCGUCUGGUGCAUUUGCAAAUCUACUCCACCUCAAAUGGCUGGAUCUGCACGUAAACCCGAUAAAAGAGAUUCGGGCUGGUGCUUUUGCAAACUAUCUCCAGCUAGAAUUUCUUCAAUUUGGGGCCAAUAAGAUGGAAAUUGUUCAUCCCGGCGCAUUUGCAAAUCUACCCCGGCUUCAAAAGUUGUACUUGAUCUUUAACUAUAUAAAAAUGAUUCAGCCUUGUACAUUUGCAAAUCUACCUCGGCUGCAAGAGCUGGCCCUUAACCUUAACCAGAUAACAAUGAUUCAACCUGGUGCAUUUACAAAUCUACCCCGACUACAAAAAUUGUACCUGUACGGCAAUCAGAUUACAACUAUUCUUCCUGGUACAUUUGCAAAUCUACCCGGGCUAGAAGAGUUGAACCUGGACAAAAACCAGAUAACAAUUCAUCCUGGUGCAUUUGCAAAUCUGCCCAGGCUACAAUUGUUGAAACUUUGGCACAAGAGAAUGCCUGUCAUUGACCUUUCAGAUUAUGGCCUGUUGCAAUAUAUUAAUGUCACAAACCUUAAGGAAAACCUCUGUCAGUGUGAUUGUAGGAUGGUUCCCUCCAGGCUAAAUGAUACUGGACGUCAUCCAUUAGAAGAACGGAUAAUCGGGGCCGGACCCCCCAAAUUCCGGGGACAGAAGAUUGCAGAAGUAAUUCCUGAAUUGGUCUGUGAAGAACCAACCAUAUCAAAACCGCCUCCUGACAUCCGAGUAACCAGUGAUACUUGUUACAAUGGCGCAACAGCUAGCUCAAUAGUGUAUAUAUUCACUUCAGAAAAGCUAAACAAAACCAGGAAAACGCUAACGUCAACCCUUGCAACCCCUCCAGAAAAAACAGAAAGCAAUAGUACCCACGAAUCUGCCUCUAGUUUCCACACAUCUGUUUUCACUGGCGGUACAAUAUCUGGUAUUGUCUUUAUUUGUACCAUGCUUUUCAUCAUCUGGUACAACAGGAAGACCAAGAACCCCCCUCCAGGCCCUGCGUCAGACCCAAAUUCCAACAUUGCUUUGAGAUCCACAAACACAACAGCUGUUGAAGCGACUGGUAGUCACCAGUAUGAAAAUGUUAACAACCAACAUGAUCAGACAGGGCAGGGCCAGUCUCUGAUUGUUGGAAAUCUAUCCCAUAACGCAGUGCUGGCUGCCUUAAAGCCAAAUACUAUGUACGCAGGUGUGGGCACCCCGUGUAAGGUCCAAACACCUACCAGUGGUCAUGAUCAGACAGGGCGCGGGCAAUCUCAGGCCAGCACUGAAUCCACUAUCAGCACAACAGCUGCUGUAGUUACCAGUGGCCAUGAUCAGACAGGGCAGGGGCAAUCUCAGGUCAGCACUGAAUCCACUACAAGCACUACAGCUGCUGCAGUUACCAGUGGCCAUGAUCAGACAGGGCAGGGGCAAUCUCAGGUCAGCACUGAAUCCACUACAAGCACUACAGCUGCUGUAGUUAUCAGUGGCCAUGAUCAGACAGGGCACGGGCAAUCUCAGGCCAUCACUGAAUCCACUACCAGCACCACAGCUGCUGUAGUUACCAGUGGCCAUGAUCAGACAGGGCACGGGCAAUCUCAGGCCAUCACUGAAUCCACUACAAGCACUACAGCUGCUGUAGUUACCAGUGGUCAUGAUCAGAUAGAGCAGGGCAAGUCUCAGGCUAGUACGGAAUCUCUGACCAGUGGUCAUGAUCACCAGUAUAAAGAUGAGGAUAAGACAGAGCAGGGCCAGUCUCAGGCCAUCGCUGAAACCUUAGAUGCUGGAAAUUAUUCGCAUGGCACUGGGAUGACUGGCUCACAGCCAAAUCCUCUGUACAAAUCUGUUGGCAAGUUUUAG